UGGGUCAGGAAGGAAAGGGAAAUAACUCCCUACUCACUUUGACCGACGUGUUAUCUUCUCCUGAAACCAAAUUAUGGCAUCAGAUUAAAACACUUCAAUAUUUUUGAUAUACUGAAGAAUAUAAUGCGUGAAAAUCAUGACGUCCCAAAAAUGGGACGCUGCCCACGAAUGGGUUUUAAACAUUAGCCAACAUGACAAUCAUUAUUUUUUAAGACCAUAAUUUACGCCAGUACAAAAUAAAAAGCCCUUUUCACUAUAAAAAUACUUUGUGAAAUUCCACAUUUUGGGUGUAACCUCUUUCGUGAGUCGACAACCCCGAUCGAAAUGAUUACGACAAGCACGUAAGCAUCGAAGGAGCGCUUUUUUCAAGUCCAUUUUCAGAAAAUCGUAGUUUCGUGCUUGAGGCGCAAUGACCUCGGUUCCGAAAAGUCGACUUCAUGGAAGACGAUGCUAUUCAGAACCUCACCAAAAUCCCACAGAUGCUCCCGUGAAGGUGUUUCAGGACCAGUUGAAUGAAUGAGAACGAGCCAAUUGAAUUGCGGGGUGUGGGCGACCUGCCGCUGAGACGCAAAGGGCAAAAAACCUGAAAGUCAUUCUCACCGAAAUGUAAUUAGUUCUACAUUUGUACAUGUGCCACGCCGCUUUCAUGGGAACCGCCUGUAUAGUUUUUGCAUAAUCCUGCUAACUAAUUAAGACACAAGCACUGGCCUGCGUGGGCGUAAUUAGCGCAUCAUCUGCGUAUCUGGAUGCCAGAUUAGCUCCACCGAGGCACUUCUGUGUUUACCAGCCCUUAAAUGAGCUUUGUUCUUAUUUAAAUAGUUUUGUUCUUUCAAAUUGGGAGGUUGGUCUUUGUUGUUUCUCCUCCUCUUUUUUUCUCAGUGACAACAUUUGGCGAUAACGUUCUUUCCAUUCAGCAGCUUUGCCGUAAUUUCCGGCCUAUAAGACGCAACGUUUUUUUCACACGCUUCCAACCCUGCGGUUUAUGCGGCGAUGCGGCUAAUUUGUGCAUUUUUUCCAACGGCCGCAACGGGGCACUCGAGCGGAAAAGGUAAGAGUGAGAGCGGCGGAAUACAUGUGUCGAGGAAGAGACUUUUGCCGGUGCGACCCUGUUAGCGCUCGCGUGUUACUGCGGUCUGUCAGUGAUUUUUACGGGUAUGUUUUAUUUAACUGGCCCUGUUGGCGUAGCGCUAUCAAUAGCGCGGCGCUGCUAGCGUUAGCAUUAACACAGUGGAGCUAGCGUUAAACUCUGUGUGCCGUCUUUCUCAGUAAAUAUCUUGUGUUUGUGGGUUUCAAUGUGGGCACUUGCGGUUUUUACACACCUGCGGCGCAUGUACUGUAUGUACCAAAUGAUAUUUCCUUUACAAAUGUACUGGGUGAGGCUUAUAAGCAGGUGCGCUCUGAAGGUCGUGAAUUACGUUAAUGAUCAUGUAUGUUUUUUUGUUUGGAUUUUUUUUAUGACAGUAUGUCCUUAAUUCAUUCAUUAUCGUGCUGACAAAAGUAGUCUCGUCUAUCCAUGUUGGAAUUUCUUUGGAACAUUGUGGCCCACAUGCGUGAAACUAAGGUGCCGCAUGACGCAAAUCAGGUCAACACCUCGGCGUUACCUACAUAUACACUUUUAUGUCUAAACAUUAACUCAGCGUGUAUCGGUUACACCUUAGAACACAGACGGGGAAAGCUACUGUGUUUUUUAUAGCGUGCCCUUUGACCCCGGCAGAUUAGCAGGGGUCAAAGUGUUUUCGCCUUCCGUAGACCACCCGUGUCCCCGAGCGGCGUCGAAUGACUGACACGCUUUCAUAGACGGGACGGCGUACACAAGUCGCCGUGUAUGUUUGUUCGUGUCGCUCAUAAGCAAAAGCUCCGUUCGCACUCGCGCGAAGCCCGAGCCUCUAAAAACAUUUCUCCUCCUCGUUCCCAGCCCCGGCGUGCCGGCGCGCUCUGAUUUGUGGAUGAAUGAUUCCCUGGGAAGCUCAGUGGAGUUGACCUGUUUGCCGGUUUCCUAGGAGAGCCCGGCAACGCCGCCUCACACUAAUGUCGGGCCUCCCGACCCAUUCGGAGCUGUGGCGGAAUCGCACAGCUGACCGCAAACAAUGAACAACACACUCUGCUAAUAGGCCGUGUGUCCUGCGCAACAGUAAAAGAGGGCUGCCGCUGACGCAAACACCCCCCCCCCCCCCAACCGACCCCCGCCCCACCCAACUCUCAGCAGGCGGACGAGGGCUUCACGCCAGGAGGAACUGUCACUGGGAACCUCAGUCUUUCCGCAGGGAAUAUCAUGAGCAUGAUUAAUUCAUUUAACAGCAGCCGAGCUGUCUCAUAUUUUUGAUGAUCUCAUUUAGUUGCGUGAGAAGAGUCAAAAAUAGUGGGAACGGCAGCUCUCACUAGGAUGCGCUCCAGUUUUAGACCGCUGCAAAUAGUUACCACAAUAAUAUCUAAAUUGUUUCAUUAACACUUGGUUGUCAGCGUAAUUAUUUGGGGAUGCAUGUGAUUUUUCGACUCUUUGUGGCUUUUCCAUGAAAACUAACACAAAACAUUUUCCCGUACUCUUCACAGAGUUCCUUUUUUUGUGUUUUUAUUCUUCUAAAAAUGGAUAUGCCCCUUUUGAUUUUGUUACAAUACACCAGAGGGAUCUGUGAUCUGUUGUGCCAGAAUGUGGCAGCCAUUUUGCAUUCACACAAUAGCAGACAUUAAAAAAUAUACAGUACAACGUCCUCAAAGUCCCCACGGUUGUCAUUGUAGUUGUAGUUUUGGGACUUGUGGUCUAAUGUAGGCUUCGCUAGCGUUAGCUCCUUGCUAACAAUUUUAGACCACUGCGAAUAUUUGCCACAAUCAUAUCUAAAUUGUUAAAUUAAUACUUGGUUGUCAAAAUGUACUGUACUCUUCAUAGAGUUUCUUUUUUGUUUGUUUUUUAAUUCUUUUAAUAACGGUUAUGCACCUUUUUAUUUUGUUGCAAUACACCAGAGGGAUCUGUGAUCUAUUGUGGCAGCUAUUUUGCAUUCACACAAUAGCAGAUAUGAAAAAAUUGAAAGUUCAACAUCCUCUAAGUCUCCACGGUCCUCGUUGUUUUCUGACUUGUGGUCUAAUGUAGGCUUCGCUAGCGUUAGCUCAUCGCUAGGGGUUAGCUCGUAGCUAACCUUAGCACUUUGCUAGCAUUAGCUCGUCGUUGGUUAUUUAAUUACACUCCCAAUGGUCGGUAGGUGACUUUGUUGUCUUCCUCGUUGUGGACAAGCCGAAAGGAAAAGAAGGAGCGUAAUAUCUAGUUUGAAGGGCUUCUUCUCCGUUGUCGUCUUCUUCUUUUCUGUUUUGUACCGUUGUCUCUGCAGAAGUUUAGCAGUGGGCCGCCACUAUUUAUGUACUAUGUAGUUUGUGGGUUCAAUCAAAAAAUGUGGUGCAAAACUAAAGUCGCUUUCAUUGUUUACGAUUUUUCCUAUUCACAUUUUACGAAUGUCAGAGAUAUACUAAUAUAAAACCAAGAUGUCAAUUCUGAUUCAUGUCAUGUUAAUUGAAUAAAAAUGCUUUUCAAAAGCAUUUGCCAACUUUUUAUCCGUAGUGUAAAUAAUUGAAAAAGAAAGAAAGAAAAGGGUAAUUAUCUCCAACUGCAUUUCGCUCAAAUGUCAUUGGUUGAAAUUUGGUGAGUCAUUCUCCCACGUGACCGCGGGGGCCCGCCCCUUCGAGAAGCACGUGAGCGCAGUUAAAGUGACGCAGAGUGGCGUCGCUGUCACUUGUCCUCCGGCUCGGCGCUCGCUCCUCUUUUUCCUCCUCUUUUCUUUUCGUUUCUUUUUCUUUUCUUUCUCCCGUGACGACGACGUCAUGAAGCGAAGCAGCAACUACAGCUCGUCCGAGAGCGACCUGGACGACAACAUCGAAGUGGAGAAGGACAGCGGCGACGAAAAUGGAUACGUGCAUCCGGCGGAUUCUCACGGCUCAAUGUCACCGUCCACGACCACCACUCAAGUUCAAGCCAGAAAACGACGCAGAGGAAUAAUUGAGAAAAGAAGACGUGACCGCAUCAACAAUAGCCUGUCAGAGCUUCGAAGAUUGGUGCCGAGUGCUUUUGAGAAGCAGGGCUCAGCAAAAUUGGAAAAGGCAGAAAUACUGCAAAUGACUGUGGACCAUUUGAAGAUGUUGCAUGCAUCCGGAGGCAAAGGUUACUUUGAGGCGCACGCCCUGGCGAAGGAUUACCGCAGCCUGGGCUUCAGGGAGUGCCUGGCCGAGACGGCUCGCUACCUGAGCAUCGUGGAGGGCCGGGACGGGGCGGACCCCCUGCGCGCGCGCCUGGUGUCCCACCUGAGCAACUACGCGUCUCAGAGGGAGGUGCAGGCCGGACUGGAGCACUUGGCCUGGGGCUCGGCCUACGGCGGCGCCCCCCUCCCCCACCCCCUCCUCCUGCAGCCCCCCCAGGGCAGGACGCCGGCAUCUCGAGGAAACAGCCGCCCGCCCUCCGCGUCGCCCCCCGAGACCUCGGCGACGUCCAGACUCCUCCCUCCGACGGAGUCCCUCAGGGCGGCCCCCGGCGGCUCGUUGGCCCUCGGCGUGCCCGCGUCGAAACUCUCGCCGCCCCUCCUGUCUUCCCUCUCCUCGCUGUCGGCCUUCCCCCUCUCGUUCGGCGCUUUCCCACUUGUGUCCCCGGCGGCCCUCGGGGCGGUCGGGGCCCCCUCCGCCCUCUCCAAGCCUUACAGGCCGUGGGGCACGGAGAUCGGGGCCUUUUGAAGGCAACAACUGGACCGAGGUGGGGGCAACAGCUGAGCUGGGCUACAAACCGCAUGCCCAUCUGUUUUCCUAGACUAUACUAGACAGGUGAACGCAAGGAACUCGCCUUAUUUUAUUGUUUGAAGAAUGUUAGUGCCGAUGGACGCUACUUCCUAUUUGUGUAGAAGAAGAAGAAGAAGAACACGUGACCUCCGGGGCGAUUUUUGUAUUUUCUGAAUUCAAAAUGAAAACUAAUUUAGCUAACAGGCGCUCUGCAGGUUGAGGGCCGAUACACAUCGGCGGACUCGAUACUGAAACCCUUUUUUUUU